ACCUACGUUACCUUUUCAACUCUACUUUCACUUUAAGUUUUGAAAGCUGAAUCUAUCACUAACAGUAAAGGAGUAAUGACUGCAUUCCCAGAAAUGCCAGGACUUUGAUCAUAUGCAUAUUACUAUUAGGCAUAGAGUGAGAAUGGAUAUCUUGCUUGUAGUUACCUUGAGGAGAACCGACUGACCGCGUGCUGAGUGUUGACAGUACGUUUAGUAAGUGACAGUCAUAUGAUGACGAUGGAGAACACCAACUUAGAAAGCGAGCCAUGGAGAAAACUGAAUCGAGAGGAACUGGAUUAUCAACUCAGUCCAUCAGUAUGGUCCAAAUGUGGGACUCCCGAGAGCGUCAUUAAUCACCACGUUCAGUGGACUGCAGAAGAAAGUAGAAAAGUUAGAGAGACCAUUGAUGACUGUGAAUUAAACAUUUCGUAUGGAAUGGCCGACGGGCAGAAGAUGGACAUAUUUGGCGCUAAUGUUCUCCCUGGUGAGGCUCCCAUCUUUGUGUUUAUUCAUGGGGGGUACUGGCAAGACAUGAGUAAGGACCAUUACAGUUACGUGGCCCUGCCCCUGACCAAGGCAGGGGCUGUAACCGUUGUGCUGGAGUACACUCUCGCCCCCAAAGCAAACAUGGAAACCAUUGUUUCUGAAGUAAAGCAAGGCAUGAGAUACAUCAUAAAUCUGGCCAAGCGACGAGGGUCAAGCGGUGUGUAUGUAUGCGGCCACUCAGCUGGAGGACAGUUGGCAGCCAUUUUGCUGUCUGUGGACUGGAUGUCAGAAUGCAUGGCUACAGAUUCCAUCAUUAAAGGUGCUCUACUUAUGAGUGGUGUAUUCGACCUACGACCUCUAGUACUGAGCAGUAUCAACGACCCACUGAAGAUGACAGAGGUGUCUGCAUGGGAGAAUAGCCCGCUACGAAUAAUGAACGACAUCAUAAGUCACAGUAAACACCGUAAGAUCCUACUGAUAGUGGCAGAGGAUGACCCUCCAGAGUUCCACAAACAAACACAGCAAACAUUCCAGGUUCUGAAGGAUGCGGGAACCAACACAGAAAGUGUGCUUGUUCCAGGGGUAGAUCACUUUGGUGAAGUGGAGAAACUGCUUUAUGAGGAUUUUCAGUUAACGCAGAUGGCAAUUGAGAUGAUGAAUUUGAAUAUUGGAAAUAUUGAGAGCCGUUUGGGAAAAACAGCUGUGUAGAUCACUGUGGUGAAUAGGAUAUGUUCAUUGGACAAAUAGGAUGUGUCCUAAUUUCCUCCUGAGUAAACAUAUUGAACAAGCCAAAAAUAAAUAAAAUAUUUUACUUGA